GUAUCGUGACCAUUGCCGUUGCGUACGGACCCAGCGACUCGUCCAGCGGCUCGUCAACCACGCCGGUUACGACAACCGACACCCAGCCCAACGCCCAAGGCCAUGACACCCGCCCCAACGACGACGUCCUUGCGCACACCAGCACCUCCGAGCACCACAAAGGCAUCCGAGUCGAUUGCAAACACACCUGCACCCUCCACGGUCUCGUGUUCACGGCGCUGGCCCUUGCGGCGUCGAUGGCCUAG